AUGGAUUCAUAUAGAGAUGACAUUUCAUUAUCAUCUUCAACACAGUUUUCUUCAUAUCAACAACGAGAAAAGAAAUCCGAACAGUUUUCAUCUUUUCAUUCCGCACUCCAUUCUGUUCGUAAGCCAAUGCAGAAACCAAAAAUUUACAUCGUAGAUCCAGUCAAUUUUAAGGAGCUCGUUCAAAUGCUCACAGCAGGUUCGUGUGAGUCCCAACCUAAGCGGUUGCAAGAGGUGGCGCCGCCGCCACUUAACCUCUCUCUUCCAAGGAAGCAACCACUUGUCAAUCCUUCAGCUGUACCCCGGAAAUCAUCGGACAACCCUGGAGCAGUUAGUCCACUUGGGUUCAGCUUGUCACCAGCCACUCUUGCGUUUUGUUCAUCCUUUCUUUCGAGUCCAAGUGCAGUUCUUUAG